AUUAACAUCAAACUGCGCUCCCACCUUCCCACAUCUUUCCAUCCUGACUCCUUAGAAGCAUGUCGUGCAAUGGGAUGAAGUCCUUUCUGGUGAGCCUAUCUCGGAGGAAGCCCCUGGAGCCUGACGGGGAGCAGUCAACCUUUAACCGAUGCCUGACCACUCUGGACCUGGUGGCCCUUGGUGUGGGCAGCACUCUGGGGGCCGGGGUCUACGUCCUGUCUGGAGAGGUGGCCAGAGAUACUGCGGGACCCAGCAUCAUCAUCUCAUUCUUCAUCGCUGCUCUGGCAUCCAUAUUCGCUGGACUGUGCUAUGCAGAGUUUGGGUCCCGGGUUCCCAAAACGGGCUCAGCGUACCUUUACAGCUAUGUGACUGUUGGAGAGCUACUGGCUUUCAUCGCUGGGUGGAAUCUGUUACUCUCUUAUGUCAUCGGAACAUCCAGUGUUGCGCUGGCAUGGAGUGGGACGUUUGAUGACCUUAUAGGUGGCCACAUAUCAAAAUACUUUGAAGAAAAUGCAUCCAUCGGCCUCCCUGGCCUGGCAUCUUACCCAGAUGUCUUUGCUGCUGGUCUCAUCUUGCUACUGUCAGGUGUGCUGGCAUUUGGAGUGAAAGAGUCAACAACAAUCAACAAGAUCUUCACAGCAAUCAACAUCCUAGUGCUGCUGUUUGUGGCCAUCUCUGGAUUCAUCAAGGGUGACACUGACAACUGGAAAAUCAGUGAAGAGGCUCUGAAAAACGCCACAGAACUCAAAAACUUGAGCUCUUCCGCCAAUCUGACAAGCAUCUAUGGGGUGGGUGGAUUUUUCCCCUACGGCUUUAGUGGAACGCUGGCUGGAGCUGCGACAUGUUUCUACGCUUUUGUUGGAUUUGAUUGCAUCGCUACAACAGGCGAGGAGGUGAAGAACCCUCAGAAGUCUGUCCCUGUGGGCAUUGUGGCCUCGCUGCUUAUCUGUUUCGUGGCCUACUUCGCUGUGUCCGCUGCGCUCACCCUGAUGAUGCCCUACUACUUGCUCAAUGAAAAAAGCCCCUUACCAGUGGCCUUUGAGUAUGUUGGCUGGGGUCCCGCCAAAUAUGCAGUGGCUGUGGGGUCACUGUGUGCCCUGUCCACCAGCCUGCUGGGUUCUAUGUUCCCAAUGCCCCGAGUGCUGUUCGCCAUGGCAAGAGAUGGCCUACUUUUCCAUCCUCUGACCAAGGUCACCUCCAAGGGCAGUCCCGCUGUAGCGACCAUAUCAUCUGGAACUGUGGCAGCCAUCAUGGCCUUGUUGUUUGACCUGGAAGCACUGGUGGAAAUGAUGUCCAUUGGCACUCUGUUUGCUUACACACUGGUGGCCAUAUGCAUCUUAAUACUAAGGUACCAAGAGGAUCCAUCUGAAGACACAGACCUUCAUAUAAUGGACUCAAAGCCCAAGUUUUCCUUACUGAAGGCUCCAUCAGUUGCCACUUCAGCCACCUCAAGAGCAGUCACAGUCUUGACUGUGAUCUUUGUUACAUGUUUGACUGCGCUGUGUGUCACCCUGUCCCAAGCCAUAGAUGCUCUAGCCCAGAUGGAAGCAUGGAGUAUCGUAAUUGUCUGCAUCCUCAGCUUCAUUCUGCUGCUCAACAUUGUCCUCAUCUGGAGGCAACCACAAAAUACCUCCAAGGCAUCUUUCAUGGUGCCCUUAGUCCCGUUGUUGCCUUUAGUGAGUACAUUCAUCAACGUCUACCUGAUGGUCCAGUUAGGUGGCGACACAUGGUUACGAUACGCUAUUUGGAUGUUAGUGGGGUUACUCAUCUAUUUCAUCUAUGGCGUGCGUAACAGUGUACAGAGGAAGCGUCUCCAGAGUAACGAGAUGAAAAUAGAAACUGUCAGCAGGAAAACAGACAAGGACAUUAUCAACGAAGAAAAAUUCUGAGCUCAUUUUGAGCGCAGAGAAAUAAUAGACAUGUUACAAUGAGUAACUGCUUUAAAUGUGUAACUACUGUUUUACAUGCACGUUUCUGCAGAGUUCAAUACAUGACAGGUAUACAGUGUGCAGACAAUGCAGACAAAUGUUCAGAUGGGCUAACAACUUAUUAUACUAUAUUUUACAUUUAGAAACUAAUUAUUAGCAUUAACAACACUGAAAAAAUGCCUGACAUAGUUUUGAACCUGUGACUUGGGGCCACUUAAACCAAACUAAAACCAUAAAAGAAGAAAGGGCUAAGACUGUUUUCUGUUGAUAAUUACCAUUUUAUUACACUCAAAUUACAAGUUUAUACAUUUAUUAUCACCUGUAAAAUGCAGAAAUGUAUUCAAAUUUUAUACAGUUCUAAUUGAUUAUGAAUAAGAGAUUUUUUUACAUAUUAAGACAGUUAGACUGUACAGGCGUAUGUACAAUGUAGAUAAAGAAAACCUUGUCAAAGGUUCUAUUUUUGUUUGUUUGUUUUGUUGUGUUUGUUUGCUCUUAACCGGUGUAAAAAUUCACUUUAAUAACUGUUUGGUCUUUCAAAGUGUAUAUACUGGAACUGUACAUGUUUUCUCAUUAUAUAUUGUAAAUGUACUCCUUAAUUAAAAAAGAAUAAAUCCAGACUACAAUCUAGAGUUGCAGGGCACAUUAAUAAGAAGAAAUAGUCCAGUUACACUCAUAACCUUGGAUAAAGAGCCAGAGACCGGCUCUCUACAGGAGUUCACUGCGAACAAAAGGUCCUUUCACAGCAGCUUUCCUGUGUCAUUUUUCAAAAUCAUGGCUUAGCUAGUCACUCAAAAGAAAAGCUUUACAUUGUUCCCACUGGUUACAGCAUGCUAUGGAUUUAAUCAAAUAAGCAAAACCCAACUUUAUUUUCCUGGUUAGGAGCAUAUAAUUUCACCAAGGAUCAUU